UAGUGCUUGUGUUUGUAUGCAAUAUUGCUUUGAAUUAUAACAUCAAUAUAUUCGACCGGCGGCCAUGGCGAUAGCGGCGAACCAAUCGCGUCGGCAGCUGCAUUUUAUUGUGUUUCCCGUCAUGGCGCCGGGCCAUAUGCUCCCCAUGAUAGAUGUUGCGAGGAUGCUAGCACGCUGUGACGGCGUCAUGGUUACCAUCAUCACCACUCCCGUCAACGCCAACCGCUUCCGCUCCAUGCUCGAUCGCGACAGGGAAUGCGGGUUUAACAUCGGAGCGCUGGAGCUCCGGUUUCCGUGCAAAGAAGUAGGGUUGCCGGAAGGCUGCGAGAACGCGGAUUUGGUCCCCAAAGGGAAAAACCUCGAGAUGAACUUCCUCGCCGCCGUCGGCAUGCUGCGGCCGCAUGUGGAGGCGGCGAUGAAGCGAUGCGAGCCGCCGGCGAGCUGUAUCGUCUCCGAUAUGCUGCUGAUUUGGACCGCGGAGAUCGCGGAGGGGCUUAAUAUCCCGAGGAUUGUGUUUAACGGCUCCUGUUGUUUCUCCUACUGGUGCUCGAACAAAAUAACGGAUUCCGAGAUUCUCGGGGGAGUGAAAUCCGACACGGAGAUGUUCACCGUCCCCGACUUACCCCAUAAGAUACAAGUUUGCAAAGCACAGGUCAAAGGUGUCACGUUUGAUCCGAAUAUUUUAAACCCCGAUCUCGCGAAACUAGUGGCGGAAAAGCUCCGGCAGUCGAUAAACGCCGCCUACGGCGCCAUUGUUAAUAGCUUCGAUGAGCUGGAGCCGGAUUAUGUUAAAGAGUAUAAGAAAAUGUACGGAGGGAGAGUGUGGUGCGUGGGCCCCGUGUCGUUAUGCAAUCAAGAGUAUGAAGACCAGGCGCUGAGAGGUGCCACGUCGGCAGCCGAGAAGAAGAUUGACGAGCAACAAGAGCGUUUGAUGAAGUGGCUGGACUUGCAGGAGGCAGGGUCGACGAUAUAUGUUAGCCUGGGAAGUUUGGCUAGGCUGACGCCACGUCAGAUGACGGAACUGGCUGUAGGUUUGGAGUCGUCAAAACGGCCGUUUAUUUGGGUGUUGGGGAAGAAAGACAUGCAUCUUGAUGCGUUUGAGGAUUGGAACGUGAGCACCGGGUUCGAGGAAAGGAACAAAGGGAGAGGGGUGCUGAUCCGGGAGUGGGCUCCGCAGGUGCUCAUCCUGUCACACCCCUCGGUUGGAGGAUUCUUGACACACUGUGGGUGGAAUUCGACACUGGAAGCUAUCUCUCUCGGGGUACCAAUGCUGACAUGGCCACUGUUCGCGGAACAGUUUUUGAACGAGAAGCUGGUGGUGGAAGUGCUCGGAAUUGGGGUGAGCCUAGGGUUGAAGGUGUCAGUUAACUGGGAUGGCAGUGAAGACAAGGGGAACAUAGUAGUGGUGAAGAGUGAGGAGAUCAAGGAAGGCAUAGAUAAGCUAAUGGAUAAAGAAGCAGGGAAAGAGAGGAGGAGGAAAGUGAAAGAGUUGGGAGAAAAAGCUAAGAAGGCAGUCCAAAAAGGUGGUUCCUCUCAGUGCAACUUGAUGGCUUUAAUCCAAGCAGUUGCCACGUUUGGCGCUACAAAGCUAUGAAACUCUCAUCAUUAUCAUGUAUCAUUGUGCAACAAAUUUAAGGGGCUAGAUUCAUGCUUUAGAAUUCUCAAUUUCAUCAAUAAAUUAAAUAUUCUUCAUGCCCAUGCAGUGCAGGAAAAUGUUAUCCAUCAAUAUGAAUGUUUUAUUUGCUUUAGUGUAUUA